AUGGUCUGCACUUUACAAGCACGUCGAUCAUCCUUUUCCACUGUCCUCAAUCUUCGCAGCGUGGCCUAUGCUACAACCAAGCAACGAGCAUGCAGCAUAUGGGUUUCUUCGCCUUCUAUCCUGUAUCAACAUCGUAAACAGCCACAUGCAGCACUGAUGAUGGAGGAUAUCAUACACGCUAUUUGCCAGCAGAUUGAGGAUAGAAAGGAUUUGGUUGCCGCUGCGUUGUGCUGUAGGAGGUGGAAAGAGGCCAGUACCCCAUUGUUAUGGAGGGAGUUGACGAUUGGGACCCGAAUACCUGGAGACAUUUGCAAGUUUACUAAACUCGCCAAUGUUGGUUCUAUCGGUGAACUCCACGACCUUAUCGACAUUGACUACAUUUGCACACCCUCCGACACCACCCGUCUCCAACUCUUGCUUUGCGCUCUCCAUACCAACCCCCAUCGCGCCGGCCAUGUCCGGUCCAUAUCUAUCCACCUCGAAUGUCAUUUUACAUCCUUCAUUCGAUAUAACCGAAACAGCUACAUUGAUUUCGACGACGAGGAUGUUUCUGCCAAUGUCAAGGAAAAAGCUUGGCAGACCUUUGUCUCUCGUGCGGGUCUUUGCAUGCGGAUCCUCAAACUGUUGCCGCGGCUAGAGACCGUUCAUUUGACGUUGGAAGUACGAUUGGAGGAGCAUUGGCGAGAUGAAUUCGACACUCUUUUGAAAGAGUUUGCUGAGACGGUGUCCCAAAGUGGAGUACCAAGAGUCAAGCGAUUUCAUUUAUGCGUUGGUCCGAAUGCCGUCAUACCGUCUCCAAAGGGCAUUACUGAAAUGUUCUCAUCUGGGCAAGUCAUACCGUCUCCCCGAUCUGUUCAACUGUGUUCAUGGCAUGCUUGGUCACCAUCGGAUGUCGUGGACCUGUUACAAAAUGUGGGACCUCUCCAAAUGCUUGUAUUGAAAAACGGAGCAGCUGUCAAUGCCUCUGUACUGCAAGCAAUGGUGCGUCAUGCCCCCUCAUUGCAACAGCUAGAAAUCUCGGAUACUCAACGUGUAGCAGACAAUGUACUGUUUGAUGAAGUUUUACCGAGCGCAUAUAAUUUACUGGAUCUGACACUGGACGGAGCUGUCGUAACAUGGGCGCACUCCUCUUCAAAACGAUAUACACUAGGAUGUACCCGUCUCGUGCACCUGAAUGUAAACCGUUGCAUUCGUCUCCCGGGAGGUUUCUUUGACGCUGUCGCGCGUACAUGCCCCCUCUUGGAAACUCUAUGGGCCCGCGACAAUCCAGCCAUCACCGACACCCAUGUCAGAGAUAUACUCCACGGCUGCAAAAGACUAUCCAACAUGGAUCUAAGUCGUUGCGAAAAUCUGAGCAUCACAGCCUUGCAUCACGUCGCAGAGGCUUGUCUACCACUACUCAAAAAUAUCAACAUGCAGGGGUGUCCCCGUAUUGUCGCCUAUGGUGGCGCCGGCGUUGCCAUUCGCAUUGCAGAAAGCUGCCCGCGUAUGCGAGAGCUCAAAGUGGGUCCAGUGCACCAAAAGGCCUUAACGGUGGGAUGGAGAGUCUUGGCAAAUUUGCAUCGUGUGAGUGAUCACCCCGAAAUGCCUGCAGCGCAUCUGUUGCAUUUGCAUUGCGAUCGUUAUGUUGCGUUGAAUAUGACCUUGUUGCGAAAGUAUGUCGCUUGUGCUGAACACCUUCUUAAAGAAGUCUUUAGCGAGGAGUCAGCUGGUAUAUAGAUAGGUAGAUAGUAUUAAUUCUCAGUGUAGAGAAGAUUUAGAGAUAAACAGCGCCCUUUAGGUUGAAGCUUUUUGCAGUUCAGGCAAAUAUCGGUUGGAUGGUAAACGGUCAACAACAACGUUAUUCAAACGCAAGAUCAAUCCAUCUUUCUGAAUUCGUGAAAUAUGAGUUAUAUGAUUCUCUGUAUGCUUAUCCGCCUGCACAGCAGGGCAGAAGAUAAAUACAUUUACUCCAUGUCGCAUAUAUGUAAUACAACAUGUACUCUAUUCUAUAAUAUUCUACAAAUAC